AUGAAGCUCGCUGUCUCCUUCGCACUACUCGCCUCUGCGGCGCAACUCGUCUCUGGACAUUACAUCUGGACCACCUUCACCCACCCUGGUGGUUCAUCUACCGCUGCUGUCCGCGCACCGCCGAGCAACUCCCCCGUCGAGAGUGUCUCCUCCAGCGGAAUGAUCUGCGGUCUCAACGCCCGCGGUAGCGCCAGCGAGGUUGUCACCGUCCCGGCCGGAAGUACGGUUGGGUUCAGGCUCGACAACACGAUGUACCAUCAAGGACCUGCUGCCAUGUACUUGGGACAGGUCCCUGGUGGGCAGAGUGUCACGUCUUGGAACGGGGCUGGAAAUAGCUGGUUCAAGAUUGCCGAAUGGGGAGCUACGUUCAACCCCUUCCAGUUCACGACGUUCAACAAGAACUCCCUUUCUACCACCAUUCCUUCCAACACUCCCCUUGGAGAGUAUCUCCUCCGUAUCGAGCAAAUCGGCUUGCACGUCGCUGGAAAGCCUCAAUUCUACAUCUCGUGUGCUCAAAUUCGAGUUACCGGCGGAGGCGGAGGCAACCCUCCCAAGGUCUCAAUCCCAGGAUACGUCUCUGCUAAUGAUCCGGGCCUCACUGUCAACAUUUACAACCCCGUCCCGACUUCGUAUACAGUUCCAGGACCUCGCCCGUGGAGAGGAUGA